AUGGCCUCAGGAGAGAAGAAAAACGAGACGACGGCUAAUCUUUUACAGCCUGAAGGAGUUGAUAAUGGCGAGGGGGUGCCUCAAGUCUACCGUUCGCUUAAUUUCCGCAGUCUACAGGAUCCGUACUCUCAUAGCCAUGAUACAAUGGCAAGUCGAUACAGUACAUUACGUGCUGAUGAUCUCGAAACGAUGCUGAAUGGUGGUCUUGAACGAUUUUACAAGAAAUACGAUCAUUUAUCACGCAAGAUUAAUUUACUUUUACCAACACCUGAAGUCCGUUUUGAGAACCUUUCAUUCUCUGUACAAGUACCCGCUGAAGUUGGAGCACAUGGAACUGUGGGCAGUCAUUUAGCCUCAAUCUUUACUCCAUGGGAAAAAAUUCCUAUGACUACGAAACAUGCAUUGCAUCCAAUGAGUGGAAUUAUCAAACCAGGAUCGAUGACUUUGAUUCUAGCAAAUCCCGGUGCGGGGAAGUCAACGUUCUUGAAAGCACUGGCAGGUAAACUUCAAGAUAACAAAGAGACGGAAAUUGGUGGUGAGAUUCUUUACUCGGGUCUACGUGGUGAUGAAAUUGAUUUAGUCAAACUGGUUGGACUUGUUGAUCAGAUGGAUAAUCACAUUCCAACCCUUACAGUUCGUGAAACGUUCAAGUUUGCUGACAUGUGUGUCAAUGGACGUCCAGAAGAUCAACCCGAAGAAAUGCGUGACAUUGCAGCGUUACGUACAGAAUUGUUUCUUCAAAUUUUGGGUCUUGAGAAUUGUGCGGAUACCGUUGUAGGUGAUGCACUUUUACGUGGUGUGAGUGGAGGUGAACGCAAACGUGUGACAGUUGGAGAAGUACUUGUUGGUGGUCAGAGUCUAUUUCUGUGUGAUGAAAUAUCCACUGGUCUUGAUAGUGCUGCUACUUUUGACAUUGUGAAGUCUAUGCGUACGUGGUGCAAAACGCUUGGUGGAUCAGUGAUUGUCGCAUUGUUACAACCAACACCUGAAGUUGUAGAAAUGUUUGAUGACAUUUUGAUGAUCAAUGAAGGUCAUAUGGUCUAUCAUGGACCUCGUACUGAGAUUUUGGACUAUUUCAAUAGUCUUGGCUUCGUAUGUCCACCACGUGUCGAUCCGGCUGAUUUUCUCAUUGAAGUCACGUCUGGUCGUGGUCAUCGAUACUCCAAUGGUACUGUCCCUCGUAAGGAAUUACCAGUGACGUCUGAAGACUUUAACCAACACUUUUGUCAAUCAAGUAUCUAUCAUAAGACUCAUGAAGCGAUUAGUAAAGGAUUUAACGAGCAUCAAUUUGAAAGUGCUGAAGAUUUCAAAAAAGCUAAAAGUGUGGCUAACUUGGCGCGAUCGAAGGAGAAAUCCGAGUUUGGACUUGCUUUUGUUCCAAGCACUUUAUUGUUACUCAAUCGUCAAAAACUUAUUUGGCUUCGUGAUCCACCACUUUUAUGGGGUAAAGUGAUUGAAGCUGUCAUUGUUGGACUUGUGCUUGGUAUGAUUUACUUUAACGUGAGUUCGGAGUUUUAUUUGCGCAUGAUUUUCUUUAGUAUUGCGCUAUUUCAACGUCAAGCGUGGCAGCAAAUUACCAUUUCAUUUCAACUUCGGAAAGUAUUUUACAAGCAGCGACCGCGUAAUUUUUUCCGUACUACAUCGUAUGCGAUUGCGGAGAGUGUGGUUCAGAUCCCUGUAAACCUUGUCGUGUCGUUCAUCUUGGGUACUUUCUUCUACUUUAUGAGUGGAUUAACCCGUACGUUUGAAAAGUAUAUUGUCUUUUUCAUCGUAUUAGUGGCAUUUCAACACGCUAUUAGUGCAUACAUGACAAUGUUAAGUGCUCUGUCGCCAAGUAUCACAGUCGGUCAAGCUCUUGCAGCCAUUUCGGUGAGUUUUUUCCUAUUGUUUUCGGGAAAUAUUAUUCUCGCCGACUUGAUUCCAGACUAUUGGAUUUGGAUGUACUGGUUCUCUCCUGUAUCAUGGGCAUUGCGAAGCAACAUGUUGUCCGAGUUUUCUAGCGACCGCUACACACCUGUUGAAAGCCGCACACUAUUGGACAAUUUCUCGAUCAAGGAAGGAACUGAGUACAUUUGGUUUGGUAUCAUUGUACUUAUAGCGUAUUACUUUUUGUUUACGACAUUGAAUGGUCUAGCAUUACACUUUAUUCGCUACGAAAAGUACAAGGGUGUGAGUGUUAAGCCAUUAACUGACACUCAAGACGAAGAAGAGAAUGUAUACAUUGAAGUGAAUACACCUGGUGCUGUCGAAGGCUCGAAGUCGGGCAAAGGCGGCCUUCCAUUUACCCCUUCAAAUUUGUGUAUUAAAGACUUGGAAUACUUUGUCACAUUGCCAUCGGGUGAAGAGAAACAACUGCUUUGCGGUAUCACAGCACACUUUGAACCUGGUCGCAUGGUUGCUCUUAUGGGUGCGACUGGUGCUGGUAAAACCACGUUGAUGGACGUGAUUGCUGGACGCAAGACUGGCGGUCGCAUUGUCGGUGAUAUUAUUGUAAAUGGUGAGCCAAAGAAUCCUGCCAAUUUCAGUCGGAUCACGGCUUAUUGUGAACAAAUGGACAUUCACUCGGAAGCUGCGACAAUAUAUGAAGCGCUUGUCUUCUCGGCCAAUCUACGUCUCCCUCCGACUUUUACAAGCGAGCAACGUUUGAAUCUUGUACACGAGACGAUGGAUCUUCUUGAACUUACAUCCAUUUCGGGUGCAAUGGUGGGUAGUCUAUCUGUUGAACAAAAGAAACGGGUGACGAUUGGUGUAGAAGUGGUAGCGAACCCGAGUAUUUUGUUCCUUGAUGAGCCUACAAGUGGAUUAGAUGCACGAUCAGCGCUCAUUGUCAUGCGUGGUGUCCAGUCGAUUGCUCGUACGGGUCGUACGGUACUGUGCACGAUCCAUCAGCCAAGUAUUUCGAUCUUUGAGCUAUUUGAUGGCCUGCUUUUACUUCAACGUGGUGGUUACACUGCAUACUUUGGUGAUCUUGGUGUUGAUUCGGUAAAGAUGCUCGAGUAUUUUGCGUCAAUCCCUGGCACGAUGGAGAUUCGUCCACAAUACAACCCUGCUACAUACAUGCUUGAAGUGAUUGGUGCCGGUAUUGGUCGUGAUGUGAAGAACUAUUCUCUUGAAUACAAGAAUAGUGAGCUAUACAAGUCAAAUCGCGAACGCACAUUGAUGUUAGCUGAAGUUUCUGACGAUUUUGUUCGUCAUUCAACGCUUAACUAUACUCCAAUUGCUACGAGUCUUGGAAAUCAAAUGAAGGAGCUAAUCAAGAAGCAACAAUUGACGUAUUGGCGUAAUCCACAGUAUAACUUCAUGCGCAUGUUCCUCUUUCCAUUGUUUGGUAUCAUUUUCGGCACGACAUUCUAUCAGCUAUCAGCUGACAGUGUGAAACGUAUUAAUUCGCACAUUGGUCUCAUCUAUAACAGUAUGGAUUUCAUUGGUGUCAUCAAUCUCAUGACUGUGCUUGAAGUCACGUGUGCCGAACGUGCUGUCUUUUAUCGUGAACGCAUGUCAAAUUACUAUGGACCACUACCGUAUAGUGUGUCUCUUUGGCUCGCUGAAGUCCCAUAUUUGAUUGUUGUGAUCACUUUGUUCGUCACAAUUGAGUACUGGCUCGUUGGCUGGAGUAACAAUGCGGGUGACUUUCUCUUCUUUAUGUUUAUCUUUUACUUGUACACGUCGGCAUGCACGUACGUGGGACAGUGGAUGUCAGCUUUGAUGCCAAACGAAAAGGUAGCGAACGUUGCUGUUGGUGCACUAUCGUGUCUCUUUAAUCUCUUUUCGGGUUAUCUCUUACCACGUCCAUCGAUGAAAGCGGGUUACAAGUGGUUUACAUACCUGAUGCCAUCAAGCUACUCAUUGUCGGCUUUGGUGGGCGUUCUAUUUGGUGAAAAACAGGAUGUGAUUGCCGUGACGACUAAUGGUGUGACGACAGACAUGACGGUGGCACAAUACAUUGAAGAUCUAUACGACUUUCGACCCAAUCGAAAGUACAACUUUAUGGUUGGGCUUAUUGUCAUUUGGGGUAUACUCCAGCUUGCCAUUUACCUUACAUUCAAGUAUGUGAGCCACCUGAAAAGAUAA